CCUCCCCGUUGGUUGCCCGUGCGAAACAGCUGAGUUUGCGUCGUGAGGACUUUGAGAUCCUGAAGGUGAUCGGGAGAGGAGCCUUUGGUGAGGUGGCCGUCGUGCGGAUGAGGCAGACGGAGAAAAUUUACGCCAUGAAGAUCCUGCAUAAAUGGGAAAUGCUGAAAAGAGCUGAGACGGCUUGUUUCCGAGAGGAACGAGAUGUCCUCGUGCACGGAGAUCGGCAGUGGAUUACCACGUUGCAUUACGCCUUCCAGGACGAGCACUACCUG